GACACUCAUGACGUCAUGGGGAAAAGGAGCCAAUGGGAGGAGCAGUGGGCGGGGCCAUGCGGUACAGCAGAAGUUGGCGUGCGGGUUGGUCAGUGUGUCACAAACAUGGGAAGAAGAAGGAACACACUGGAGCUCUCCUGGUGCCUCGCCGUGCUGGCCUGCCUCGUCUCCGGAGGCUCGGCCAAAGGCUACUAUGGCACUCGCAUCGGCCGCCUAGAGCCACUACACCACCAGGUCCAGGGUGAAGUGUACGCCGUGGACUCGCGCACCAUUCACAUCCGCGGCUUCUCCUAUGAUGGCACUGCCCCGGACGCCUUCUUCUACGCUGGCUCGACUCAGACCCCCAGCAACGACGGCUUCAUCAUCCCCGACGAGAACGGAGGAGUCCAGCCUCUUGGGUUGUACAGGAACAAGGACGUCACCUUGACGCUGCCUGAGGGAAAGACCCUAAAGGACAUCAAGUGGAUCUCCAUCUGGUGCCGCGCCUACUCCAUUGACUUCGGCCACGUGAUGGUCAGCAAGAAUUUGGACUACCCUCGUCCUCAGAAGGUAGAUGCUCUGCCAACCUUCCAGCACGACCUCAGCUCCGACCGCGUGGUGGUGGUGGACGCCCAGACCUUCCUCAUUCCCAACUUCAACUACGACGGACAGGCGCCGGACGCCUACUUCUGGGUUGGCAAGGGAUCGCGUCCAGACAACAACGGUAUCGUGGUGCCUGACGAAAACGGAUCCGAGGAGCCUCUGAAGAAGUACUCCGGCAAGACCAUCGUCAUCACUCUGCCCGGCGAAUUGACCGUCUUCGAUGUGGACUACCUCGGAGUGUGGUGCCGCGCCUUCUCCGCCAACUUCGGCCACAUCAGACUCCCAUCCACCCUCAACAUCCCACCCUCCCUUAAGAUGCUCGGCGUGGCGCCCCAGACCAAGCUGAACUGUGAGGUGCUUUGGGACGACCUGGCGCUGGAGGUUCGCUGGGCCGUGGCGGGAGAGAGUAUCGUGAUGCAGUUGGUGGGCAGGAUUGCUGACGGGCAGUACAUGUCAUUUGGAACGUCUGGAAGUCCCUCAAGGUCGGUGAUGGUGGGCGGAGAUGUGGUAGUGGCAUGGCUGGAUCAAGCUAGUGGCAGAGGGGAGGCGCAGGACUACCACCUGGAUGCCAAGUCUCAGUGCCAAGGAGGCCGUGGGUCCUGUCCCGAUUCUCAGAUCCAGGGUAGUCGCAAUAACGUCCGCCUCUUGAACGCUGCACUCAUCAACGACUUCACAAUGCUGACCUUCCAACGUCCCCUUGCCGCCGCUGAUCCCACAGACAUGCCCAUCCUCACCAAUGGUACCCAGGCAGUGAUCUGGGCGGUGGGUCCUGUCAACUCUCAGGGACACACUUCUUACCACUCCCUGCGUCUCAGAGGUGACUUGUUUGUGGACUUUGGAAGGACACCAGAGUGGAAUUGCCCUGUGCCAGAGGAAGCACCCCAGUCCAAGCCCCAGAGUGGCCCCAGCAAGCCACCCCCUGCUCCAGAGACCAACAACGCCUGGUACAUCCCACCCAUCCCCUGCAAUGAGCCUGAGGAUGGUGUCAUGUAUGCCCAGAUUGGUCCCACUGGUGGUGAAAGUGGCUACAACUCCAUCACAGGGCAUGUGGGCUGGGGCAUUGCCUGGUACAUCAACGGCCUCCUCAUCCCUGAGAUCCAUGUGGUGCGUGGCAAGACCUACACCUUCGUGGUGGAAGGCGGCAACAAUCCUGACAGACCCGAGCGUGACCACCCCUUCUACAUCACUGACGAUCCCGAGGGAGGCUAUGCAUUCAAGACACCUGCUGAACGAGAGCGUAUCCGAGUGUUUGCUGGUGUGGAGCAGGACAGGGAAGGCAAUCCUGUACCCACUGGUCUUGGUCGUCUUUGUGAGUGGGUGGAGGACCCGAACCAGCCAGCAGGAGCCUUCAACUCCUUUGGAGCCUACCAACGCACACUGCAGCUCAACUGUGAGGAGGGCCAGCCUGGUGUGCUUCAGUGGACCCCUGAUGCUAACACCCCAGACACUGUAUACUACCAGUGUUUCACUCACCGCUACCUGGGCUGGAAAAUCCGCGUCUUGGACAGGUGUGAGUUUGAGGAGUUGGCUGCUGCAGGCUCUGACACAAAUCCAGUGGUGGUGCCAAGCCCUGCUACUUCAGGUACGCCCUCUAAUUAACCUGCCCCACCCAAACUCCUCACACCAUCCUUGAGGGGCUUACUUACCAUUUCCCUGCCCCUUAUGCCCUCCUUCCCAGCAUACCUGCCCUGUGUCUCACUUUAAUGACUGGUAAAUUGUUAAAGGGCUUGAAAAUGGAUAAAUUUGAUAGAAAUUUGAAAAAUUAAUAGGAAAUAAUUGGUAUAGGUUUGUAUAUACUUAGUCAUCAGCAGAUUGGGUGACUGUCAGUUAGGUUGUUCAUUUCAUUUCUCAUAUAGGACACUUAAAAAUAAACAUUUGACUUCAUUACUUAAAUUCAUAUUGAUGACUUGUAGCAAAGACCGGAAAUUCCUUUUGAGGCUGGGAACAAGAGUCACGAGUCAGAAAUUUGAAGUCCAAUCUUAAUAGUAACCUGUGAACUGAUUAAGUAUUGAAACUACAUGUUGCAUAACAUUCCCAUCUAUGAAUUUUCAUGAGGUAAUUCUUCAGAUGUGCCUUAAGUUUUCUCACACACCUCUUUUGAAUCAUGUACUUCCCACCAGAAGGAAUCCAUUCUAAAUAUAGCACUCUGACUCCCUUAACUGUAACUUUACCUCCCACUACCUAAGUCUGCAGCCUCCAGGUACUGAGGAAUCACUAGCCUUGGUCCUCAGUAUCUCCUGUGACUGCUGUAAGGUUAAUCAUCUCAACCCAUCCAGAGCUUCCUCAUAUAAGAUAUGUUAAUAAAUGUUCUAGUGCACUAGAUGUAUACUUGUGUAUCAAGAUGUCUGUGUAGGUCAGUUAGGUUUGCUAUCUUGUCUUCUUUUGUUUUUCUCUCCUUCCACUUACUGAAAUUAUGUGCACAGCUCCCUUGCCUGUGUUCUAUGUGAAGGUGUGUAGGGAAGCGUGGACUGGACCAAAAGAUUCAUGGACCAACACUCUUUGCCUUGGGUUGUGCUAAUGAUGCCAGUACAUAUUUGUUUGGAAUCUGAUUCUUAUCAUGUUCAAGUAUUAUUUGUUAAAAGAAUUUUUAACAUACUAACACAUACCAGAUCCUCUCUAUCUGUGUAUAGUCAUUUAUUAUUCUAAGUUUUCUUCUGUUGUGCAGGGUCUGUAUCACGCUAACAGUGUUGAACAUUGUCUUCAUGCUGUCUGUCUUCCAUAUAUGUCAGUCUAGUUAAAAGUUACCUGUUCUUUAAUCUAGUUUACAUAUUAAUGUGUGAUAUACAUAUCUGUUCUUUUAAUGAAUGUUGAAUGUCUGUGUGUGUAUGUGUGUGUUUCUGUUUGUGUGUUCACAUGUGAGUGUUUCUCUUUACUGGGUGAUGGCCAAGUGUUUAAUGGUGGUAAGAAAUGUCCCCAGUGUGGGUUUGUUCAACCUUCACAA